AUGGCAGAGAGUGCUGCGAUUGGAUCCGGAUCCGAUUUUUCAAUUCAAUUGUUUUUGUUUGGAGAUGGAGUAGUGGGUAAAACAUGCCUUUUUAUGCGUGCCAUCGAGAAUAAAUUUACUUUCGACACAUCGGCGACAAUUGGAAUUGAUAGUUGCAAAAAAAAAUGGAUAAUCGAUGAGAAAAACAUCGAUGUAAUACUAUGGGAUACAGCCGGUAAUUGGCGGUAUCGAAGCAUUGUGCUGGAUUGUUCACGAAGAGCCGAUGGUUGUUUAUUGGUAUUCGAUCUCACUGAUGCCUUAUCAUUCGAUAGUAUUGUUGAAUCGAUCCAAGAAUUACAUAGAUAUGGACGUCAGGACUUGCCCAUGAUUCUUAUCGGUAACAAAUCAGAUUUAACUACUCGACGAGAAGUAACUUACAAUCAAGCAAUCGCUGUUGCUAAUCAAUUCAAUAUUUCCUAUGUAGAAACAUCAGCACGCGAUGGUUCUAAUAUUGAUAAAAUAUUUAUUUCAUUGAUUACAGAUGUUUGCCAUAAGAAGUUGCCAAGUUCCGAUCAAAUAAAAACGAUGUUUACUGGCAAAAAAGGAGCAGGUAAAUCAACAUUAAUCGAUUAUAUGGCGAACUUUUUUGCAAACAGACGUACAUUUCAUAAUCGUGUUCAAAGAAUAACACUAAAUCCAUUUAAAUGUUUAAUAACUCGUGAUACAAAUGGCUAUGCUGCAAUAUUAAAGUCCAAUUAUUAUCAAUUUCGUGUUUAUCGAUACAUUUAA